AACACCAGUCAAUGCUUCAAACGAAACAAGCAGUCGCCUGAAGCUCCAAGACGUCUCUUUAAAUAUGUUUCAGAAGUUUCGUAUCUGGUUUUGUGCCUAAAUUAAAUUGAAUAUAGUGUGGUAAUAUAAACUGAAAGUUGUUUUCCUUCUUUCAUUGUUUUUUACUACCACGUCUACAUGUUCAGAGUUGGAAAUGCAGUUAUUGAUCCAUCCUGAGAUUUGUACUUCACCGGCUUGCCAUCACUAACAGGGCUUCCUGUUCUCAGGAUGUCUUCACUGACAGACGCCAACUGGAGGUAACCACAACACUCUACAGCCAUUUUCUUCACCCUGGAGAGGACAUGGUCCACUGGGCCACUCAUCUGGUGACAUGUGUCUGGAUACAGGCUCUGAUGUCUUCUGCAUUAGACACUUGUCCUCCAGCGGCUCCCAUUGCUGUGGACUUCUCAGUGCCGUACCCCACACCUUACUUCCAGACCCGCAAUCCCAUCCAGAACAUAGUUACCAACUCCCUUUUCCAAGAGGUCUAUGUGGCCUCUCAGAACGUCAUUGAGGCGGUGAACAUCACUCUAGAUAAACUUUGGGAACUCCGUACGGGACCCGUGGGCAGUCCGGAGUGUGAGAUGUGCAAUUUAUGUGAUAUCACAAGAGAUCCUUUCCAUGAGGACACAGACAAUGAGGUGUUGCUCCUAGAUACGUUCUUGAUGUACUUGUACUCGUGUGGAAGCUCCCAGUAUGGAGUUUGCUAUUUCCAUCAACUCCAUGAAAAUGGAAAGCCUCCUGGACCUUCAAAGUGUUUAUUCCGGAAGAAGUUCAACUCUCCGCAGUUCUGUCCGGAUUGCAUUGCCAGUCCUUUGGGAACGAAAGUCUCCAUGGUGGAAGAGGGCCAAACGGUGUACUUCUUUGUCGCGGCGACAGUGAACAACAGCGUGACUCAAAAAUACGGUCGCAUGUCCAUUUCCGUACGGCGACCGGUUGCGACCGAGGAUGGUUUUUACACCGAUGUCAGAGGGUUGACGGUGUUGCCUGCUCUACGGCAGACAUACAGCAUUGAAUACAUCUACAGCUUCUACACGCAGGACUUUGUAUACUUCUUGUCUGUCCAACGAGAGAAAACUGACUUGGACUCGUCGCCCUUUCAGACAAGACUAGGCCGUCUGCCACGCCACGAGUGGGAGAUGCGACGCUACCGUGAAAUUGUUUUAGAAUGUCGCUUUGAGCCCAAAAGGCGAAGGAGAAGCAAUGGCAGCGAACCUUUCAAAGAUGUGGUCUACAACGUGGUUCAAGCGGCCCACUUUGGCAAGGCCGGACGGGAGCUCGCUGAUGAGCUGGGUGCUGAAGAAGAGGAUGAUAUCUUAUAUGGCGUAUUUGCUGUAACCGAUGACUCGGGCGUUCCUGAACAUGAUUCAGCACUUUGUGCAUUUCCCAUGGAUACAGUAAACACGGCAAUAGACGAUGGAGUGGAGGACUGUUGCAAGUCAGGACCAGAGCAGCUUUCCAGAGGCCUUUGCCAUUUUCAGCCCUGUGAGAGCUGCCCACAUGAGAGCAUGGAGCACAAUAUGACCUGCAGAGAUCAGCCCACUCUGGUAUCCCAGCCGUACUACAGAGUCGACCUCUUCAACAGACAGAUGAGAGGUGUUCUGCUCACCUCACUGCUGGUCACCAGCAUCGAGAACAAGACAGUGGCUCAUAUAGGCACGUCAGACGGGAGACUCCUGCAGCUUGUACUGAGAAGGUCCAGCCCCAUCAUCUUUGCUAAUUACUCCCUUUUAGAGAACCAGAAAGUGUCAUCUACCGCAGCGGUUCUCUCCCCGGACCAUCUACUGUUUGUGGUUGGAGAUAAGCUGAUUCAGGUGCCUCAGAGGGGUCCGGGUUGUCGUCACUUCCUCACAUGCGCCAUGUGUCUGAUCGCACCAAAGUUCAUGGGAUGUGGCUGGUGCUCCGGUCAGUGCACCUGGGCUUCUGAGUGCAGGGAACACUGGGGAAAUGAGUCCUGUCCGCCCGGCAUCACAGAGUUUUUCCCUAAAACAGCACCCCCUGAUGGUCAGAGUGAGAUGACUCUGUGUGGAUGGGAGUUUCAGUCGCCCCUGCGACCCGCCAUCACGACCAGAACCCAUGAGGUGAAGCUGGGAGAAACCGCCUGUGUGGUUCAGCCUCACAAAAGCAACAGCACACACUUGUUGUGUAAGAUCCGUUCUGGGGCGACAGAGCCACUUUUUAAAACAGUGAACAUCACAGCUAAAGUGCAUGAGGGCCGAGUGGAGGGACGAUAUUCCAUUGAAGGAAGUGCAGAGAUGCCUGGAUUCACCUUUGUGGUUCCAAACAUCACUGAGGUCCAGCCUGACUAUGGGCCUGUGAACGGAGGAACCCUCAUCACUAUCACAGGUCCUUAUCUGGACUCUGGGAAGAACAGGAAAGUUACACUUGAUGGAGAAACAUGUCCAAUCCAAAGUGUAUCUGUGGUAAGAGGAAACCUGUCCUCCAUCAUAUGUCUCUCUCAGCCUGUGACGGAGGUGAAAGAUGUGGUGCUCCGUGUCUACAUCGAUAAGUCCCGUGUGGUGACCACUAAAGUCUUCCGCUACAAGAAGACCCCUGAGAUUCUUGCUGUGCUGCCUGAUUGCAGCUUUGACAGUGGGUCAAGAAUCAUCAUUGAAGGCCGAAAUCUGGACUCUGUCUACAGAACUGUCGUCUACUUCAAACCCAAAGAAAGCCACCUCAAACCUGUUUCCACUGAAUGCAGAGGGAAAGCAAAACCCACCCGUAUGGAGUGCAUCACCCCUGUCUUCCAUCGAGAUGAGACAGAAGAGGGCGAGCUCUCAUUUGACAUGGACGGAGUGCUCGGCCUGUGGAAACAAGACUUCUCCUACCACCCCUAUGGCAGACCCAUCCCGUUUGAGACUGAAGGUCACAUACUGAGACUCUACCCCGGGUUUGAUGAAGUGUCCUUGCAUCACCAGAAGUUGAACCUUGUGAGCUCCUGCAUGUCAAUCACGAUGACGGUUGGAGAUGUUGACUGUGGUGCUAAAGUUUUAGAUAAUGAGAUCACAUGCAGGAUCCCUAAUAAUCUCACCAUUCCCAGUGAGGGUUUACCUGUGAAGGUAACAGUUAAUGGGUACACACAUAAUGUUGGGACCGUAAUCUUGGUCAGUAACCACUAUAUGGUGGGCAUUGUGCUUGGCAUACUGGCAGCUCUUGUCACGGGUGCGGUUAUGGCCUUUAUCGUGCUGAAACACCUGAGGAAACAGAAAAAAGCUUCACUGGCAGAAAAUCGCCUGUCUUACUUUUCGCAUAGUCGUUCACGUAAUAAUAGUGUGGAUUUAUGUCCCUUAGGAGACUACAGACGUGAACUGCCCCUCACAAACAUCACUGCACCUACUGGGGCCGUAGCGUUCCCCGGCCUGGCCUACACAGGCUCCCUGGACACAACCCUGACCCCUCUCAUGCCCCCAGAGAAGAUCUCCAUCAACAGUUUCCGCCCUGAGCUGCUGGAGGAGGUGAAAGACGUGCUGAUCCCAGCCUCCAUGCUCAAGGUUCACCACCACCAGAUCAUUGGAAAAGGACACUUUGGGACAGUUUACCAUGGUUACCUCACUGACCACAACAACAGAGAAAUCCAUUGUGCUGUGAAAUCUCUUAACAGAAUAACAGAUGUGGAAGAAGUGGAGCAGUUUCUGAAAGAGGGUAUUCUGAUGAAGGGAUUUCAUCACAGUAAUGUUCUCUCUCUGCUGGGCAUUCUGCUUCCCGAAGAGGGACUUCCCUUGGUGGUCUUACCUUACAUGAAACACGGAGACUUGCGUCACUUCAUUCGCUGUGAGAAGAGGAAUCCCACCGUUAAGGAUUUGAUUGGCUUCGGUCUCCAGGUUGCUAAAGGAAUGGAGUAUCUAGCACAAAAGAAAUUUGUACACCGGGAUCUGGCAGCACGCAAUUGCAUGCUUGAUGAAUCCUACACUGUAAAGGUGGCAGACUUUGGAAUGGCUCGAGAUGUGCUGGAGAAGGAGUACUACAGUGUCCAGGACCACAGGAAAGCCAAAUUACCCGUCAAAUGGAUGGCCAUUGAGAGCCUGCAGACGCAGAAGUUCACAACCAAAUCAGAUGUGUGGUCUUUUGGGGUUUUAAUGUGGGAGAUGCUCACACGAGGAGCCAGUCCGUAUCCUGAAGUUGACCCAUAUGACAUAACACAUUACCUUCUAAAGGGCCGACGGCUGCCUCAGCCACAGUAUUGUCCAGAUCCAUUAUUCGCCAUUAUGUUACAGUGUUGGGACCCUGACCCUGAAAAGAGACCAACUUUCUCCACACUAGUGUCCGCUGUGAUGAGUAUUCUGUCCAGCCUGGAGGGGGAGCACUACAUCAGCCUGAAGGUCACGUAUGUCAAUCUGGACCAGCCCCGCCCCUACCCCGCCCUAACAGACUCUGCCGAUGAAUUUGAUUCGUCAGAUGCCGCUGAUGAAGGCUCAGUCUCGAGCUGAUUGGCCAACAGUUUCGAUAUUUACUAAAAUGGGGGCCUUGUUGACACGACAGUGACUAGGUUUGAAAUGCUAGAAUGCUAUUUCAACAGUACUAUUUUAUAAUAAAUAGUUUACCCUUUACUCACCCUUAGGACAUUCAAGAUGUAGAUGAGAUUGUUUUAUCAUCUGUUUUAGAUGAGACAAAACAGCUGAUAAAAACAUCUCAACCAUCUACUGUAAACACAAUGGUAGAUUUCUUACAAGCAUGCAGCUUUUCACUUCACAAGAUGUUAACAUGGACUGGAGUCAUGUGGAUUACUUGUGGAUUAUUAUGAUGUUUUUAUCAGCUGUUAGGGCUCUCAUUCUGACGGCACCCAUUCACUGUAGAGGAUCCAUUGGUGAGCAAGUGAUUGCUUAAUUUUUCCAAAUCUAUUCUGAUGAAGAAAUAAACUCAUCAGCACCUUGGAUGUCUUAAGGGUAAGCAAAUUUUCAGCAAGCAUUCCAUUCCAAAGUCCAUAGUCCAUUAUGUGGCAGAAUGCCACAUACAAAUCUAACAUUUUUGAGUUGAGUUAUUCAUAUGUAGUUCAUAUGACAUUUUAUAUAUUGCAUACAACAGACACAAUACUUGCCAUAGAGUCUCAUGGCUGCGCUUUUAGUUACUAUACUUCUGGCCUUGUACUGUAUGUGCAGUAUUUUCCAACACAAAGCAUUAAACUCCCAGUAGAAAUCUACUGUUCAUGAAGUUUUCUGUUUUGUGAGAUACCUGUGCAUAACUUUGAAAUCAAGUCAACAGUGACAGCACUGAGAGCGUUAACACACAUUUAUGUUUCACAUUUAAGCACUACCCUCAUUAGAAUAUAUUUCAGUUGUAGAGGUUGUAUAUUUUAUUUAUGUAUUUUAUUAUAUAUAUAUAUUAUAAAUAUCAAAUACAGAAAAAUCCUGGUCUGCACCACUUCAAGAUAUUUGUAAUCAGUGAGCCUAUACUUGGUAUUGUGAUUAUAUCAGAUGCUUGUACAGAAAAGGGAUUCAGUGCAUAAUGUUUGGGAUGACUCAGCGCUGAAAGGUGUUGAGCUGAAUAUAUCACUGUGCUGCAGUUAUAGAGCCUGUGGAAAUGAGUGAGAAUUUGAUAUCUGUGACGCACAUCCCUAAAUAAAAUCAGAUUUUGCCAAAGGUACUACUUUUA